AUUUAAUCAUGCAUAUUCAUUUAUUUUAAUUAAGUGAUUGAGUUCAUAGUUUAUAAGGUGUUCUUAUGAUCACGCCUCUACACUGUUAGCUCCUGUAUCAUAUGUGCAGGUUUGGGCUUCACGUUACUCCUGGGUCAUAGUUUUACAAGGAACAAGUUUAACUAUCAGGGAGAGGUGGUAAAUAUUUAAGGCAAGACACUACAGUGAAGAGAAUGUGUGGAAAUUGUGUGAACAUAUCCAGGCUCAGGAGAUGUGUCCACUGGACGAAGUGCAUGCAGUCUUCAUAUCGAAUGAAAAUAAAGCGGUGGGUACGGAUUAAUGAGAAAACAGACCGAUAUGCUGUGCUCGUACUGCUAAUCAUGGUUUUGUCCUGUGUAAUGCAGAUCCCUAUUUGGAAACAGAAAUCCAGCAGAGGGGGUGAACCUGUGAUAUGGGAUUACCAUGUUGUGUUACUGCACUUCAACCCACAAGCGCAGAGUUUUGUGUAUGAUCUGGACACCACCCUACCCUUCCCGUGUCCUUUUGACGUGUAUUCCAGAGAAGCAUUUCAAUCUGAUGAGCUGCUAAAACCAGAAUUUCAAAGGAAGAUGCGAGUGAUACCAGCCGUCACCUACUUAAAGAAGUUUGCGUCAGAUAGAUCUCACAUGAAGCAUUCUAACGGGACAUGGCGUAUGUCCCCGCCACCAUAUCCUUGUAUAGAAACAACAGAGUGCAAAAUGAACCUGGAUGACUUUAUCAACAUGGACCCGAACGUGGGCUUUGGGAAAGUUUAUAAGCUUCCUGAAUUUGUGCAACACUUUGGAGCGAAGCGAUGAAUUUUGAAAGCAGCAAAUAAACUGUAGCAAAGUCAUGCUGAAACGUAGAAGACGAGUUGGGAUUGUCGAGGUACGGGAUAAUAGCUAACCGACCAAAUCAGUGGACGUGUCUGAUUCCGCCUCUACAAUGUCACAAACCCCAAUGCUGGUGCUUAUUGUAUGCGAAUGGUUUCAUUAAAUUAAAGAAGAAAAAUCUGCAGCCACUGGAGACUGGAGGUUUAUUUUCAGAUUGUAAAAAUUGUUUUGAUUUUUUUUCCUGUAAUAAUUGAUACUGAUUUAUAUUUACCAUUUUAAGUAAAAUUGUUCUUUAAGUAACGUGUGUGGUGCACUCUAAUGUGAAACAAUCUACUGUGGCAUGGCCCAUUGGUUAAUAAAUUGCUGUAUGCGGCUGAGUUUGUUAUUGUUAGGCCAUUACAGAGCCGUUUAUCUUCACAAUUGCGGUAAUUGUUUUGCUAAUGUGUUACCUCCUGCAUUUUUCCUUAAACAAAGCAGCAAAACAGAGUGAGUCGUAAAAUUUAUUGAUGGUUUGUGUUCUUGUACAAAGGAGAAGAGUAGGUAUACAGUACAAAUAAUAAAAAUGCUGUUCUGAAUUA